AUGAAUUUUUUUGAUAUCAAAUCUGGUAAUGUGGAUAAUUGCUCUAAUGCAUUCGAUCUGGGUGCUCAGGUAAAUUUUUUUGAUGCCAAAUUUAGUGAUGCAGAUAAUUGUUCUAAUGCACUUAACCUUGGUGCUCUGGUGAAUUGUUUUAGUACACUUGACUAUAGUAAUCUGGAGACUUUUUUUGAUGCCAAAUCUGGCAACACAGAUAAUUAUACAUUUGACUUUGGCGAUUCGAUAAAUUUUUUUAAUUUACCUGAUUUUGAUAAUCUGGAGGCUUACCUUAAUGCAUUUGGGCCUAGUGACAUUGAGGCUUUUUUAAAUAUAUUUGAUCCAAGUAGCCUGGUAACUUUUUUUGAACGAACUAAUAAUGAAAAGGACAAUGAUAUUAUAGAAAAUAGAGAAGACCCCCAAAUUCAUCUCCAGAACUAUGAUAUCCUAUUGAAUUAA